CUGCUGCCUGAUUCUUAUUCCGUUCCGGGUUCCGCCAGGGCUCGUCAGCGCCCUCGCAUUGCCUCGACCCAUUCGUGCAUUCUCGCUUCCAUCGAAUUCAGGGAUCCGUGAUCCCCAGCCGGUUGUGAAAAAAUGGCUCAACAACAGACUGAUAAUGUGAUGCGAAGAAAGUUGGUGAUCAUCGGGGAUGGUGCCUGCGGAAAGACCAGUCUGCUCAGCGUCUUCACCCUUGGCUAUUUUCCAACCCACUAUGUUCCGACGGUGUUUGAGAAUUACGUGACGGAUUGCAGAGUGGAUGGCCGUUCGGUUCAAUUGGCCCUAUGGGAUACUGCUGGUCAGGAAGAUUACGAACGAUUGCGUCCGCUCGCUUAUUCCAAGGCGCAUGUGAUCCUCAUUGGGUUCUCUGUGGACACGCCCGAUUCGCUGGAGAACGUCAAACAUAAGUGGAUUGAAGAAGCGAACGAACGAUGUCCGGGUGUCCCUAUCAUCCUUGUCGGGUUGAAGAAAGAUCUGCGGGAAGAUCCGCUGGCCGUCGAGGAGAUGAGAAAGAAGUCGCUAAAGUUUGUGACGUCUAAAGAAGGAAGCGACAUCUCAACACAGAUCGGAGCCCGCAAGUAUCUCGAGUGUUCCUCGUUAACCGGCGAGGGUGUCGACGAUGUAUUCGAGGCGGCCACGCGUGCCGCGCUCCUGACGUUCGACAAGCGAAAAAGCUCAUGCUGCAUUGUGCUAUAAUGGGGAAAUGACGACUUUGCGAUAGAUACGUCGCCGACUCUGAU